CUUCCCCUGUCCUUCAGCUGCAUCUUCUUGGGAGACCCCGGGAGGGUAACGGGGAGGUGGGGACUCGGGGUCGCUGCGAUUGGCCGGUGGGGCGGGGUCCUCGGGGGGCGGGGCCACGCUGGAUUGGCCCGGCGCUCGCGGGGCACAGCGGGCCGGCCCGCAGGUGUCUGGCCGCGGGGUGGGAGCCAAGUCGCGCGCCCGUUGCUACCGUGGGGCCGGGAGGUGCGGGAGCUCGCCGGUGUGGUGCGGAUGGGGCGUCCGGGAGCCACGGGCGCAGAGCGCUGACAACGGCUCUAGCCAGUGAGCGUGGCGGCGGGGGCCCAGCCUCCCCACCGCGAUGCGCCGCUCUAGCACGGACGAAUCCACGUACCGGCGCAGCCCUUCUCCCGAGAGCAAGGAGCCCGGCUUUGCGCGCGGCGGCCCCUUUCGGCGCUGCAGCAGCCUGUAUGGGCGCGCGGGCGCCGGGGACGCCGGGGAUGCGGGCGGCGGCUUCUUCGGCCUGCACUCGAACCCGGGCCCCAAGGCUGCUCAGGCGCGCUAUACAACGCCCAAGGGCAACAAGUAUGUGGUCUUCUACCUAGACCUCUCCUUCAUCUUCCUUCUAGAGCUGAAGCGCUGCAGUAUGGCGCGCGGCUGCCUCCAGGGCGUCAAGUACCUCAUGUUCGCCUUCAACCUGCUCUUCUGGCUGGGUGGCUGUGGUGUCCUGGGUGUUGGCAUCUGGUUGGCUGCCACACAGGGAAACUUUGCCACCCUAUCGUCUUCAUUCCCAUCCUUGUCGGCUGCCAAUCUACUCAUCGUCACCGGUACCUUUGUCAUGGCCAUCGGCUUCGUGGGCUGCAUUGGGGCCCUCAAGGAGAACAAGUGCCUACUGCUCACUUUCUUUGUGCUGCUGCUGCUAGUGUUCCUGCUGGAAGCCACCAUUGCUGUGCUCUUCUUUGCCUACAGUGACAAGAUUGACAGUUAUGCCCAACAAGACCUGAAGAAGGGCCUGCAUCUGUAUGGUACACAGGGCAAUGUGGGCCUCACCAACGCCUGGAGCAUCAUCCAGACUGAUUUCCGAUGCUGUGGCGUUUCCAAUUACACUGAUUGGUUUGAAGUAUACAAUGCCACUCGUGUGCCUGACUCCUGCUGUCUGGAGUUCAGUGACAGCUGUGGAUUACAUGAACCUGGUACUUGGUGGAAGUCGCCCUGUUAUGAGACAGUGAAAGCCUGGCUCCAGGAGAACCUGCUAGCUGUGGGCAUCUUUGGACUAUGUACGGCACUGGUGCAGAUUCUGGGCCUCACCUUCGCUAUGACCAUGUACUGCCAGGUGGUAAAGGCGGACACCUAUUGUGCAUAGGUCUCACAGCCUCUGCUUCUCUGCCAAAGGACCUGCCCAUGGAGAGAUGUCCAAACCCACUUCCCAUGCAGGACUUGGUGCUCUGCUGAAUUGCAAGGGGAAGAGCUUGAGGCCCGAGCAUCCAGGAUCCAUCCCUGCACCUGAGGGGACUUUGCGUGGGUGGCAGCAGAGACACCAGAUUAUAGGGUUGGUGCCAAAUGGCACCCAGGGCUAAGGGCCCAGGGAACUUUGACACUUUUUAUAUCCAUGUAUACCUUCCAGUGUUAACACAGGAUGGGGUCCCCAGCCUUGCAUGGAUGCCAGGCUGGGGGCAGGUCCAGUCUGCUCAAGGCCCACAAUGAUCUUGGUGCUCCAGGGAGGGCCAGGUCCCAUGAUCCACAUUCCAUGGCAGUGUCGUGGUUCCAGAUGCAUCUUAAUAAAGUGUGAGCAGUUCCUGGGUCUAGCUGGACACACAAAGGUUGUACA